GGACGCGGGACUGUGCCCGAGCCAGUCGUGGAAGAAGCGCUCGCGUUCCGCCUGCUGCCUCCGGAACUUGCAACUUUACGCAGCUUUUUUUAUAUUUUGCAGUAUUUAAUUUGCGUCAGUCGCGCUGGUGGAGGAGGAAAGGCGCUUGCGAAAAGCGCUGGAGAGAGAUCGGCAUGAGCGAAGAGGAGAAACGGAGCCUGCAAUGCUAUCGGCGUUAUAUCGUGGAGACGCUGAAGCCUGCCUAUGUCGUGAGCUACAUGAAGGAUUGGCUCAGCGAUGGUGAGUCACUUGCAAGAUGCCUUCUUUGCCUGGCUUUCCCGAUGCACUUACUGGAGAGCAGGAAGCAGCGAUGGAAUAAUAAUAAUAAUAAUAAUAAUAAAUAAUAAUAAUAAUAAUAAUAAUAAUAAUAAUAAUAAUAAUAAAUAAUUAUUUAUUAUUUAUACCCCACCCAUCUGGCUGGGUUUCCCCAGCCGCUCUGGGCGGCUUCCAACAAAAUUAAAAUACAAUAGUCUAUUAAAUAUUAAAAGCUUCCCUGAACAGGGCUGCCUUCAGAUGUCUUCUAAAAGUCUAGUAGUUGUUUUUCUGUUUGACAUCUGGUGGGAGGGCGUUCCACAGGGCGGGUGCCACUACCGAGAAGGCCCUCUGCCUGGUUCCCUGUAACUUGGCUUCUUGCAGCGAGGGAACCUCCAGAAGGCCCUCGGAGCUGGACCUCAGUGUCUGGGCAGAACAAUGGGGGUGGAGACGCUCCUUCAGGUAUACUGGACCGAGGCCAUUUAGGGCUUUAAAGGUCAGCACCAACACUUUGAAUUGGGCUCAGAAAUGUACUGGGAGCCGAUGUAGGUCUUUCAAGACUGGUGUUAUGUGGUCUCGGCGGCCGCUCCCAGUCACCAGUCUAGCUGCCGCAUUCUGGAUUAGUUGUAGCUUCCGGGUCACCUUCAAAGGUAGCCCCACAUAGAGCGCAUUGCAGUAGUUCAAGCGAGAAAUAACUAGAGCAUGUGCCACUCUGGCAGGACAGUCCGCGGGCAGGUAGGGUCUCAGCCUGCGUACCAGAUGGAGCUGGUAAACAGCUGCCCUGGACACAGGCCUCCAUGGACAACUGUGAGUCCAAAAUGACUCCCAGGCUACGCAACUGGUCCUUCAGGGGCACAGUUACCCCAUUCAAAACCAGGGAGUCCUUCACACCAGCCCGCCCCCUGUCCCCUAAAAACAGUACUUCCGUCUUUUCAGGAUUCAACCUCAAUCUGUUAGCCACCAUCCAUCUGCUAACCGCAUCAAGACACACAGCACCUUCACCCCCUUUAUUUGAUUUGAAAGAGAGGCAGAGCUGGGUAUUGAAAUAAAUAUUUAAUUGCCUCCCCAAGGGCCCCCCUCCUCAGAAGAAGGACCAGGGCCCCGGAAGGAGUGCAAAUGAAGGCUCUGUACCGGUUGGGAAGAGACAGAGACCACACCAGGAUUGGAAAAAGCAAAGCCUGGUCUUUAUUGAAAGAACAGGAAAAAAACAACAACACAAAAAACUGUUGCAACAGGGUCCCUGCUCACGCAAUGACACGGAGUCAGAGACCCUGAACAAAGGGACUGCCUUGAUUCUUAUACCUUUUGAUUUUCAUUCAGAUCAAUAGCAAGGAGGUGGGGGGGAAGCGAUAUGAGGGGUGUGAAGAGUGGAUUAACAUAAGGUAAGCAGGAUGUUGAAAGACUUUCUGGAGGUGUCAAUUUGCUGAAGGGCUCAGGUGGUAUGUGUCGAUCUUCAUGUUAUUUAAUUCUGGAUCUGCUUAAAAUGGCUUUUCCUUUAUCUACAGGAAAACCUCCGCAACUGCUGAUAAUCAGCAUGCAGAUGUGAGGCUGGAUGUUUGAGAAGAUGUUCAGGAAAUGACUUAAAUGUUAAUGUGAAGUCCUAUUCUGCAUUGCUAUCAAUUCGGGUGUGAUAGCCUGAUGUUUGCAUAUUUUUUUGGAAAAUAAGACUGCUUUAUUUUGAGCUCAUAUCUGUGUGUAUUCAUGGUAUGGUUUGCAGACCCAGUAGGAGGCAGUGUGGUGGAUUGAGUUUUGGCAGCCUUUUGGAUACAAUAUUGAGUCAAGUAUAUACAUUUUGAAAUAUUUAGAUUGUUACAUUCUUUAAAAACUACAUUUUGGAUACAUUCAGAAAAGUACAGCAUAGUAUGGCAUUUCAUUAAAGAUACAUCCACGAAUACAUUUUAAAAGGAUAGCUUCAUGGAGAAAGAGGUACACAGGAAUGGCAACAGGCACGUUACGUUAAGAUGAUGCAUUAAAAAGGCACACAUUAUAUUACAUUCAAUGAUACGUGAAAAAACACAGUAAGAUGGCAUCUUCCCAACAAUGCAUUCUUUAAUGGCAUCUUCCCAACAAUGCGUUCUUUAAGGCACAGUUUAUUAUUAUUGUGGGACUUUGGGGUAGGACGAUAUCAUUAGGAUCAUUUUACCUUUAUUCCCCUCUCUGACCCUGAUUCUCCUAUGACAAUUCCCCUCUCUGAGGCUUAAUUUUUUGGGGGGGGAAAAUAUUGCCUCACAUCCAUUGCUACAUACUCUCCUUCUCCAAGGUGAUGCAUGGGCAGGACCUCGGGAAGGGUGCGAUCGGGUUGCAAGGGUGCAAGAAUGGGAGUGUGGGGUAAGGGUGAACGGAAACUGGACAUAAGGAUAGGAAUACAUUGUCCGCAGCAGCACAGGAGACCAAGGAAGACAAUCAGGGAAAUGAAUAUAAUCAGUAUGCCUCUUGCUAAUUCACGGAGCCAAGAGGUCUGAGGUAGCCAUGACCAAGGAUCCCAAUCGGAAAGACCUUCAUGCGGGAUCUCCUUCAGAGUAUCAGUUAGGGAAUCUAUGGAGUCAAGGUGUCCAGUGAUAUUGAGGGUCUGGUCUGAAACAAAGGAACAGCAUUCUGUCCCGAUUAAUUUACACGCACCUCCUUGGGAUGACAAUAAAUAGUCCAGACAUAAACGGUUUUGAAUGGACAUUUUGCGCACUUCAGUGAGCUCGGUAAGGACAGAACGUGUAGUGGCUUCUGACUCUUUCAUGAAUUGUAACAGGACAUCAGCAAGCCUAAGAAUGUCUAGGUGAUUUGAGAAGGUUCCAUAAGCGGGGAGGAGGGCUCGGAGCCACGUUUCCCCAUUUGGUUUUGGCUGUGGGUGUGUCGUGGGAAUGGGGGAUCGCCUGUUUCUCAAGCGGCCGUCAGGUAGAGCUAGGGUAACUCUGAACCCUGGGUGAAUGUGGCCAAGGUAACAGGACCCCUGCAUAUGAACAGAGACCCACGUAUAAGCUCUUUGCGCACAGAUCCAAAAUAGUCCUCCCAGCGGCUUUUUUAUACGCCCGGUUUGGAAGGCAGUAAUGAGGUCUGGCAUAGGUUUUUCUUGAGUGAAGGGUGUCAGUACUGCAGUCAAAGCAUCACUGACAGUAUCAUCCGCAAACUGAUGAACACCCAGCCCAAAUCUGACAGCGAGGAAAUCUGGCUUGGUUGGUGGUGUUUUUAAAGAGUUUCUAAAUAGCUGCUCAUAGCCCAGUGUCCUUGCAAGUGGCUGUGGGCCCAGAUGCCAUUGUAGUGCAUGGAUGCUGGUCUGUUGGACUUGGGCCAGGAAGAGAAGGCAUAUUCAAAUUAAGUGUACAUUAUUAUUAUUAUUAUCUCCUGAUUUUAAAACCUCAAAGAAGGUUUUAAAAAAGUAUCAAGGGAGCACACUAAUUGGUUGUUAGAGGAACUCACUGCCGCAGGAUUUGUUGGGGGCCAAUAGCUAGCUUUAUUUUAUUUAUUUUUAAAUACAUCUUAUUAGAGUUUAUAAAGAUAAAUACAAAAAUUAUUGUCACAUAUCUUUUUUUCUCCUUUUUUUUGGUCCAAACUGAAACAUUAAUCCAGAGGCAGAAAAGGGAAAUAAAAGAAAAGGGAGGGAGAGAAAUAAAGAAGGAAUAAAAAAAGAAUUAAAAGAGAGAAAGAGAAAAAAGAGAUGAUGAAAAAAGAGAUGAGAGCCAGUGUGGUGUAGUGGUUAAGAGCGGUAGUCUCGUAAUCUGGGGAACCGGGUUCGCGUCUCCGCUCCUCCACAUGCAGCUGCUGGGUGACCUUGGGCUAGUCACACUUCUUUGAAGUCUCUCAGCCUCACUCACCUCACAGAGUGUUUGUUGUGGGGGAGGAAGAGAAAGGAGAAUGUUACCCGCUUUGAGACUCCUUAAAGGGAGUGAAAGGCGGGAUAUCAAAUCCAAACUCUUCUUCUUCUUCUUCUUCUUCUUCUUCUUCUUCUUCUUCUUCUUCUUCUUUGUACCCUGCCCAUCUGACUGGGUUGUCCCAGCCACUCUGGGCAGCUUCCAACAUAUUUAAAAACAUAAUAAAACAUUACACAUUAAAAAGCUUGCCUAUAAAGAGCUGCCUUCAAAUGUCUUCUAAAAGUCAGAUAGUUGUUUAUUUCCUUGACAUCUGGUGGGAGGGCGUUCCACAGGGCGGGCGCCACCACCAAGAAGGCCCUCUGCCUGGUUCCCUGUAGCUUCACUUCUCAUAGUGAGGCAACCACCAGAAGGCCCUUGGAGCUUAGCCCACAACCCUCAGAUUAAGAGCCUUAUCCUCUACCGACUGACCUACCCCUGACUUCAUUCUUCUGCUUGUUUUUAGAGAUGUGGUAACUCUUCUUCGAUCCUUGAGAAACUUCUGAAAUGAAGUAACACUGCCUUUCCCUUUUUCUUCUUCUUCUACUUGAGAUAAGAUAUUUACUGCAAGAGUCACUGACGGCUGUCUUCUGACUUUAUUCCAGAGACUGUGGAGAAAAUCCAAAGUCAUAAGGAGAAGCCCACCACUGCUGCGGGUUUAUUUCUAGACUCGAUUGUAAAUCUCACGGAAGAGGGAUGGUUCCGUGGAUUCUUGAACGCGCUGAACACAGCAGGUUUGAGUGUGCUGUAAAAAUUUCAAGUUGCUUGAUUGCAUGAAAAUUAUUAGCCUACCUGUACCCAACAUUGGUUUAGCAAAGUGGUGGUUUGUUUCUUUUUUUAUAUAAUAAUUCUUAUUAGUUUUCAAUUGCAACAAUCCAAUAAUAGCCUCGUUUAUAACAAUACCAAACUCUGAUAAUGAGCUGAAAGAACCUUCUCCUCAUGGGAUCCUGCCAGUGCCGGAUUUACGUAUAAGCUAAACAAGUUAUAGCUUAGGGCCCCACUCUCUUGAGGGCCCCCAAUUUUUUAAAAAAAAAACCUGAUGUACAUUUCCAAAAUAUAAGAUAAAAAACAAAUAAAACCUACAUACAGCAAUGUUUUGUGUUGUGUAGGCUCCUAUGAUGCAAGUAAUGGGCCCUGCCUGCUAUCCUGCUCCCUAAAAUAUCACUUGUUUGCUCCUUUCUAUAUAAAAGGUACCCCUGGCCGUACGGGCCAGUCGUGUCCGACUCUAGGGUUGUGCGCCCAUCUCACUUAAGAGGCCGGGGGCCAGCGCUGUCCGCAGACACUUCCGGGUCACGUGGCCAGCGUGACUAAGCUGCAUCUGGCGAGCCAGCACAUCACACGGAAACGCCGUUUACCUUCCCGCUAGUAAGCGGUCCCUAUUUAUCUACUUGCACCCGGGGGUGCUUUCAAACUGCUAGGUUGGCAGGCGCUGGGACCGAGCAACGGGAGUGCACCCCCCCCCCCCGCGCGGGGAUUCGAACCGCCGACCUGACGAUCGGCAAGUCCUAGGCGCUGAGGUUUUACCCACAGCGCCACCCGGGCUCCCCUUUCUAUAUAUAGGGUGCCUAAUAUGUAUCUUAUGAUAAAAUACAUAUUUUGUUAUGUGCAAAUGGCUUUAGAUACCUAUUAGGUCCGUAAAUUACCAUAUAGCAUAUAGUCAACACACGCAAAAAGUGACAAUUUGUUGUUGACAAAGGACAGCUGGACAUAUAAAGGGCCCCAUUUCCUUCAGUAGUUUAGGGCCUCAUCAAACCGAAAUCCGGCCCUGGGUCCUGCCUGUGUCUACCUACUACUUUCAAAGAACUUGCUUGCAGCUGCCAAGGGUGAUUUCUCCAUGAGAGAAGGACAGGCUAUGUUCUUCUGGUCAGUUGGGCUCCCCUGUGAAAUCCCCACUUCCAGCUGACGUUAGCUUCAGCUAGAUGCAGGAUUUGGCGGUCAAGCGGUGGCUGCAGUGUGCUUUUGGAGAUGGCCUAUUUUACAAGCACACGGGCAACAUUGUCUCUCCCCUUUUCUUUUCCUUGUUUUGCGGUACAUGUGGUAAAAUAAAAGGGAUCUCUCUCAAAAGAGAAUCUAGCCAUUGCCCAGUGGUUGCGAGCGAGCAUGGAACCAGGGCUGAAGCCAGACAUAUAUUUAAAAAACACUGUGAAAAUGUUUUUGUUUUUUUAAAGUUUUAAAAUAUAUAUUGAAUUUGCCACUAGCUCACCAUCGCCAUCUAGUGUCACAUUUGUAUAAUGCACUUAAAACGCACUUAAGAUGUUAUAUUUGCAGCUCAGUCCCAAGUGUCUUGAAUGCUUUAUUCCCGACAAAGGAAAGAAGUUGUUGCUUCGUCGAACCACACCUUUUCUUGGACGUUUUAUCCGAAGCUAUACAUUUCCUCCCCCUCUUGUUUCUAAAGGUUAUACCGGCCUCCGUGAAGCCAUUGAAAAUUGGGAUUUUAAGAAAAUUCAGAAGCUGGAAGAGCACAGGACGUUGCUGAAUCGAAUUCUGCCCUCUUUGAGGGAAAUUGAUCCGGCUCAGAUACUACUCCACCUGAACGAUUGCCUCAUACAUGAGGAGUUUGAAGAAAUUCGACAGGUAUUACAGUGGUACCUCUACUUACGCGCACCUCUGGUUAUGUUUCCUUCAGGAUAUGCAUGCGGCAAACCCGGAAGUAUUUUUCCGGGUUUCGCAGCAUGCGCAGAAGCGUUUUACUGCGCUGCGCGCAUGCGCAGGACAGGCACCUCCAGUUGUGAAAACCAACCAGAGCUCUGAAACACAUCUCGUCUGCAACCGGAGGUACCACUGUAUUUCAGAACAGAAAAUACUUGGUAGGCAGGACUUAUGGACCGCAAUAAGCAUGCCUUUAUGUAUAGCAGAAUUGUGUCCCUCCAAGAACCACUUAAGGAUGCGGGUGGCGCUGUGGGUUAAACCACAGAGCCUAGGACUUGCCAAUCAGAAGGUCGGCGGUUCAAAUCCCCGCGACGGGGUAAGCUCCCGUUGCUUGGUCCCUGCUCCGGCCCACCUAGCAGUUCGAAAGCAUGUCAAAGUGCAAGUAGAUAAAUAGGUACCACUCUGGCGGGAAGGUAAACGGUGUUUCCGUGCGCUGCUCUGGUUCGCCAGAAGUGGCUUAGUCAUGCUGGCCACAUGACCCGGAAGCUGUACGCCAGCUCCCUCGGCCAGUAAAGCGAGAUGAGUGCCGCAGCCCCAGAGUCGGCCACGACUGGACCUAAUGGUCAGGGGUCCCUUUACCCUUUACCUUUACCUUGAAGAAACACUUCUUCAGGCUUGAACUGAUUUGUUUUUUUAAAAUCAAAUGAACCAGGGAACUGGGGUCCAAGCUUCCAAGAAGGAGGAGUGGCUUUGAGUCACAGAACCUCCCAUUUUUGAACUGCAUUGCCACGUUUUUUUCCCAGGAGCACCCCCACUGAACAUAGUAAGACUUAUUUCUGAGUAGGCAUGCUUAGGGUCAUGCUAGAAAUGUUUGAAGUUGCACCUUGAAGAUGCUUGAAAAUGCACCUGUGCUGACAAACCCCCACUCUUGAAAACAAGCCAGGCUUGUAUCUCAGAUGAAGGUUUCGUUUUUGGAAUAAUAAAUGUUCAGAGUGGUUUUUACAGUUAUAUCAAAAAUUACCUAUUUGGUUAUACUAUUAGAAAUACAUAGACAGAUAAUUAUGAAAUUAUUGUGAGGUUUAAUAAGUUAACUGUUUAUAUUUGGACAGCUUUUCUGCUGUACUUUAUUGGAAGGAGAAAAAUAAUCAUUUCCUUAGUAACAAUUUAAACCAUUUAUUUAACAAAAACAAUAACAUUAUAGCAUAUGUGUCCAUGUUUGUUAACUGAUGUGGUUAAACAUUAAAAAAAAAAACUUAGACUGAGUUUUAGCACACAUGAAAAACUUAAAAUAAAUCCUUAUUUCCUACAGUCUUUGGACUAUCAUGUAACUUAAAUAGAAAACUAUCUUUAGAAAGAUUUUCCUCCAAAAGCAUUUUAUUUUAAAAAUCCAAUUUAAAUUGACCAAAACAAUUGAUUUUUUAAAAUUAUUAUUUUCUAAAUCAUUGAUUUUUAUCCACCCUGUUUAAUUGCUACUUGGCCAGUGUAGAGUUCUGAAGCAGACCUGAAAAACAUUAAAAUUGUUGCGGAGCAAGUACCCAUUCCAGCUAGACGAAAGCAUUCAAAGGAGUUGUGGAACAGAGUCGCCAAGGGGUGUGACCCAUUGAGAGUUGCAGGGGCUGGAUAGAGAGGUCUAAAGGCCUGCCUUUGAUAUCACCACCCUUCCCCAGGCCUGAUGAUCCCACCCAUACUAUAGAGGAUGUACCAUAUUUUUCACUCUAUGAUGCACUUUUUCCCUGCUAAAAAGUAAGGGGAAAUGUGUGUGCGUCUUAUGGAGCGAAUGCAGGCUGCGCAGCUAUCCCAGAAGCCAGAACAGCAGGAGGGAUCGCAAAAGCAGCGAUCCCUCUUGCUGUUCUGACUUCUGGGAUAGCCACGUGAAACCUCUUCAGGACAACAGGAGGAAUGUUCCCCCUGCCCUGAAGAGGUUUGGCAUGGCUAUCCCAGAAGCCAGAACAGCAAGAGGGAUCACUGCUUUUGCUGCGCAGCGAUCCCUCUUGCUGUUCUGAUUUUGCUUUGCUGGAGAGGUGCUUCGCAGCUUUCCCUCUCUGCACAGCGCCCCUUCAGCGAAGCGGGAGGAGAAACGGAGCCCCUUCCAUUUCUUCUCCCUCUUUGCUGGAGCGGCGCUGCGCAGAGAGGGAGAGAAUUUUUUUUUUCUUGUUCUCCUCUAAAACUAGGUGCGUCUUAUGGUCAGGUUCGUCUUAUAGAGCAAAAAUACGGUAUAUUUGUUCUCUCUCUCAUGCUAAUAAUUUGGACUUGUAUUGCAGGUUAAAAGGAAUGAAGGGAAUGCAGCGGGUAUGAGGAAGCUUGUAGACUGCCUCUGUAGGUCGGAUAAGGAAAACUGGCCCAAGACCUUCCAACUGGCGUUGGAGCAGGCCGAAUAUUACGACCAAAGCGAACUGUGGAAUUUGAAUGAAGGUAACCGGACAAGUGGUCGUUGGGCCAUCUUUAGCCCUUUUCCAGGCCUUCUCAAAAUGGGGAGUUGACCCACAUGCAUGUUGAGGUGAGGAUGUCUAUGCCAGCUCACCCUACCGCACCCCAGUUCAAGACUUCUCUGCACAUUUUGAAAGCCUGGCGCUGUUGCCACCAAAACAACCAUUGUGCGAAUGUUCGAUGCUUUUUCUUUUACCUCAUGUUCAGGUAGUGUCGAUAACACCUGUGUGGAAAUGAGAGAUGAAGACGAGGGAGCCUGUGCUGUUGAUAUCAAUAUACAGUUUUCUGAAGAAGCCGAAUCGGACAAUAUGAGCGCGAGUCCGGGUUCCUCGUCGUUGGGUAAGACCACCAGAAACUGUGUUAGCAUCCAUAUAAGAAUCUGCAUCCUAUAUUUAAAUAAAUGUAGAAAGGUUAAAAAAUUCUCAUUAAAAGUCUUUGGAUAACCCUACUAGUGUUGUUAAUCGCUUACCAAAAAAAAAUUAAAUAUUGUGUAAAUUUACUCCAGUCUUUUGGAAGACUUGAUCGUUCUGGUUUCAGAUUUUUCCCAUCAGCUUUGCCAGUCCAUCAUUUUCAUCUGCCACUCUUCUUUUGUUGGUACUUCUUUUGAUUCCAUUUUUGGGCUAGAAGGGUUCUUGUCACUGUUACUGCAUACAUGAUCAGUCUUUUAUCGUUUUUUGGUCUCUCUUCACCUACUAUACCCAGUAAAAAGGCUUCUGGUUUUUUUAAAGAUUUUCUUUAACUCAUUAUAUAUCAUCUCCCUGUAAGCUUUUACCUCUUUACGAGUCCACCACAUAUGGUAAAGGAUACCUUCCUUUUCUUUACAUUUCCAACACUCGUUAGAUCUUGUCCUAUACAUUUUAGCAAGUAUUGAUGGUGUUAAAUACCAUCUAUACAUCAUUUUCAUCACAUUUUCUUUAAGUGCACCGCAUGCAGUAAAAUUAAUACGUUCAUUCCACAGCCUUUCCCAAGACUCUAACUGAAUAUUAUAUCCAAGAUCUUUAGCCCAUUAUAUAAUCACCCCUAUUAUUACAGCCUUUAAACAGCUGUACACAAACAAUUGUAUAUAAACGUCAUAUACACUAAAAAAAUUGAGACGCUGGCCUGAAAAUAAUAUUGGGAUGGAGGGCCAUUGCUGAGGGUUGCUUUAGCACUUGUAAGUGCAAGGUUUGUAUCGUUACUUAAAUAGAUAACAUGUAAGUUUUAAGAAGUGCCUUUUCCCAAAGUUCUUCUCCCUUGCUUGUGUUCCUAGGUCCUUGCCCCCGAUCCGUUUAUGUUCCAAAGGAGGCCAGGAGUUACCAGACAGAACUUGCCCGGCCUGCUCUCAGUGGCAAGCAUACUAUCAUCUGUGCCCCUACUGGUAAGUUUAUUAAAUAGUAAUAGUCAGCAUUUGGAUUGCAACACAUUUCACAUGUUCAGAUUGCUUCACAAACGUCACAGUCAUUGCCAGAACACGAGGUAGAAGAGUCAAGACAACCAAAUGCAGACAAGUAGGUUAUAUUUCUUAAAUAUAAUAAAGGUACCCCUGACUGUUAGGUCCCGUCGCGGACGACUCUGGGGUUGCACGCUCAUCUCGCUCUAUAGGCUGAGGGAGCCGGCAUUUGUCCGCAGACAGCUUCUGGGUCAUGUGGCCAGCAGGACUAAGCCACUUCUGCCAAACCAGAGCAGCGCACAGAAACGCUGUUUACCCUCCUGCCGGAGCAGUACCUAUUUAUCUACUUACACUUCGACGUGCUUUUGAACUCCUAGGUGGGCAGGAGCUGGGACCGAACAACGGGAGCUCACCCCCGUCGCGGGGAUUCAAACUGCUGACCUUCUGAUUGGCAAACCCUAGGCUCUGUGGUUUAGACCACAGCGCCACCCAUGUCCCAUUAAAUAUAAUAACUUGAACCGAUAAACUAGUCAGAGUCAAUCUGUGUAACCGGAUCAACUAAAGUCCGGGCAGGUGUUCAUUAAUAGAUGGGGGUAAUUUCACCUGGGGCAUAGAAACUCUGUGUGACUAAGGGAUGCCCACAACCCAAUGCUGCCUCAGGUAAGUGUUCCAUUAUUUCUUAAAUCUUCUCACCUGCCCGGACCACAUGCCCACUAGCCAAAUUGAAGGAGCAGUACUCCAACAAACAUCAUCCUACAGUAUGGAAUAGGCGGGGGGGGGAGAAGACCCCAGUCGAUUAGGGUCUCCCCCCAAAAAAAUUCCUAUUCUGCCCUUGGAAAACAGAUGACUAGCCUGUAGGCCCACACCUCAAAAGGGUGGGGGGAGGUGCCGAAUAAAGAAGAGGGGAGAGUGUGGGGCAGAGCAAGCUUAAAUAGCUUGUCACCACCUCUUCCCAUUGAGCGAAAUCGCCCAUUGGGCCAUAACAUUUUCCCCUCGGGAGAUACCACCUCUCCUCUUCCAGGGGAGGAGGGGUGUGGCAAAUUUAUCUCACCCACCCAAAAAUGGUGGGAAUGGCAUUAUUACAAUAGCCUUAAAAGGCUCAAACUAUUCCCAUGUUCCAGCUGGGGAACUGAAGUUGUAAGUUCAUGACUGUGUUGCUAUUUAUUUAAUGGAGGGAAUUUGAGCAGUAUACAAUCAUUAAAAUGUUUAAGCAGCUUACAAAAAAUACUGGUUGGCUGGCAUCUGUCUCGGGAGAUGAUGGAUGACUGCACCUUGGGGCCAAAGCCAUUUAGGGCUUCAAAGGUCAGCGCCAGCACUUUGAAUUGUGCUCAGAAAUGUACUGGAAAUGUACAUAUCUGGAUAUGUCUGGGGUAGGAGCUGAAAUUAGAGACUUGCCCUCUCAUAGUCCAAACUCUGAGCCAGGGGAUCAGAUCCUAUGUUGGUACAUGCAAUACAGUCAUCUCCUAGGCAGGUGGUAUAGAGGUUGCAGAAAGGUAUAAGGCCAUUUUGGUUCAUUCCAGGAACAGUGAGGUGCUUUUGCUUUGCAAAUCUAUCCAACCGGCCCUGUCUUCUGCAUUCUGUCUUCAUAGGUUCUGGGAAGACUUUUGUGUCUAUUAUGAUAUGUGACCAUCACCUCCGCAACAUGCCUUCUGGACGGAAGGGGAAAGUGGUCUUCCUCACGACUAAAGUCCCAGUAUAUGAACAACAGAAGAAAGUCUUUGAGGAAUAUUUCAAGGGAAAGUACGACCUUAAGUCCACCUAUGUAGUCAUUGAGCCUUCUUGAACCCAAACAAUUGGGAAAGAAAGGGUUUUUCUAUAUAGAUGCUAUACAGAAAGAUGCUUCCUAAUCUUUCCCGAGAAAUGGGUGCCCUAUCUCCUCCACCACCAGAUGUCUUCCUACCUUCAUUGCAAGGAAGAGUUUUGUCUCUGUGUCAGAUCUGCAAUGCCUGGUCAUGCAUGGGGGAACCAAUCCACAGUUUAACUGGGCUCUGCUACCUAGGGUUGACAUCGUCAUUCAGCUGCUUGGUCCAGCGUCUGUCAAAACAUCAUGUGAAGCCAGGAAUCCUCCUUGUAUAGCAAGGGUUGAAGGCUACUGGUCCCCAAGCCCUGCAGCUGAGAGAGGAGCACAGAGCUUCUCAUUCGGACCAUCUGCUAUCACUGCAGAUGACCAAGAAGGAGCACAGGCAGUCACCAGCGGCGGAAGCCACCGCAUGGAACUGCCUGUGAUUCCCAGCUUCCUUGCUGGCCCUUCCAUGUGGCCUGUCUGCCUGCUCUGUAAAGCUCCUCUGAAGGAUCGGGUCCAUUUAAAUGGUAGAUGUCGAAAGGACAGAAUGCACCGGUUCCGGUAAAACACGUGAGAGAAAAUCCAGCAGGUGUUCUAAUAUACAGAGUAUCGGACCAAACCAAAAGCUGUUGUUGUUCAGGUGGAUUGAAUGCUUUAAAAAAAUCUUCAAUCAAAGCCCUUCAGAGCAGUCAAAUGCUCAAACCCAGGAGUGGCUUGGGAGAGGGAUUGGUAUCUGCUUGGCCUCUUGGCAGUGGCAUUGCCACCACUUCCUGGCGCUCUCACCGGUACCAGUGGCGUAGCCUCAGUUGCCAGUGCCCGGGGCAAGGCACAAAAGGGACAGGCCACCAAGGCUCAUGGGCCUGCUUCCUCGUUUGACGGCAUGCCACCAUGCUUGCGGCUGCCUGCUCCCAUGCAAGGGACUCUGUGGCAGCCCCAGGGCAGCAGUGACCCAGCACCCACCACAGCGGUGCCAGCCGUGGUGCGAGAAGCGUGUGGCGCCAAAGGAGGGUGGGCGGCGAGAGGGGGCUCUGCCCCAGCAGGGAAGGGACAGGCCAACUGCUCGCUCUCCACUCACAGCCCACCCGGGUGCUCAGGAGCCACGGGUUGCCGGGCCAGAAAAGGGAGCCACCUCCAGUCUAGCGGCCCAGUUGUGCCCUUCAGAAUUUGCGCCCAGGGCGAUGGUUCCUGAUGCCUUCCCCUCCCCCUCGCUCCUGGUGAGCAGCAGCAGUGCCACUGUGAAGAGGCCAAGUGUAAACUGCCCGCCCUCCCCACCAGCUGCUCCUGCUCAAGCCUUCAUUCUUCUAGUAUUUGCCAAUGGUGAAUUGUGGCCUGGUUCAGCCGUUCUUUGACCAGAAAGAGUCUCCUUGUGUUGGAUGAGCAGGUGCAGACAGUAUAUAUAUAAUAAUAAUAAUAAUAAUAAUAAUAAUAAUAAUAACAAUAAUAAAAUUUUAUUUAUACCCCGCCCUUCCUGGUUCAAAAACCGGGCUCAGGGCGGCUAACAACAAAUUUAAAACACUUUAAAACACUUAAUUAUAAAAGCAGCAUAAAGUACAGUAUAAAAACAUGAAUAACAAUAAAAUUCAAAAAUCAAUUAGAUAAUCCCUAGGGCUAGCUAGCUGAAUUGAUCCUACUUGGGCCAGUGAGGAGGCCAGGGGAGAAUUAGCUGUGGGGUCUCAGAGCAGUUAAUUUUCAUAAAAGGGGAGGGAAGAGAAGGGAAAUAAAAGAUCAGGCUGAAUUCAAAUUAAAGGCCAGGCGGAAUAGCUAUGUCUUACAGGCCCAACGGAAGGAGAUUAAAUCCUGAAGGGCCCUAGUCCUUAAUUAAUUAAAUAUUAAUUUAUUAAUUAAUUUAUUAAUUAUUAAUUAAAUACCUGCCACCUUUUGAUUUUCCAUACAUCUUUCCCCUUGCAAAUUUCUCCUGGGGGUGCCAAAUUACAAAACGAUAAAGCAAAAGGUGGAGUGGGGACUUGGGCACGUAGAUCUUUCACACGGUGGUAUUUUUUAACACCUUCUCAUGUGUCUUCAGACCCGCUGAGUCCCCAAGGUGAGCUCCUAGUGUUAUCAACGGCGUCUGUCUCCCCCUCUCGCUUCCAGAUUCAGUGUUGCAGGCCUGUGUGGGGAAAGCGCAGUGGGUACCCCUUCGGAUAUGGUUAUCGAGGCGAACGAUAUCACCAUCAUGACGCCUCAGAUUCUCGUGAAUUGCCUCAACCACGGAGAGCAAGCUUCCCUCUCGUCGUUCACGCUGAUGAUUUUCGACGAGUGCCACAACACGACCGGGAAUCACCCUUACAGCGUGUUGAUGUCCAAGUACUUAGAUCUUAAAUUUGAGCAAGCCGCAACACCGCUUCCUCAGGUGAGACGUGGUUCAGUCAUGGAGAAGGUUUGGGAACGCAGGCCAAAACAACCAAAAAAGCUCAGAGCUUUUUCAUGGGUCAACUAUUAGAAGCUCAGAAGAAUUACAUCCGUCUGCCAGGGAAAGUCAGGAUGGGUGAAGUCAAAACUAGGGCUGGACGAUAGAUAGAUGUUUUCAACAUCACGAUAUAUCACCAGCUAAACAUUGCGAUAUACCACUAUAUCACGGGGUCUGAAAUAAGGAUGGAACUAUGUUGAGGCAUUAAGGGACGUGGGUGGCGCUGUGGGUUAAACCACAGAGCCUAGGAGUUGCCGAUCAGAAGGUCGGCGGUUCAAAUCCCCGCGACAGGGUGAGCUCCCAUUGCUCGGUUCCUGCUCCUGCCAACCUAGCAGUUCGAAAGCACGUCAAAGUGCAAGUAGAUAAAUAGGUAGAUUUUUGCAUAACACCCCCCACACAUCAUGAUUUGCAAUAUAUUGCCAGGUCAAAAUUCAUGAAACCAAUAUCACGCUAUGGAUUUCAAACCGGUUUUGGACAAUAUAUCACCCACAAUAUAUCACCCAAUAGUCACAACUGCUUUUAUAGGUUAGGCCCGGGGUCAAACGCUGCCCUUCAGCUUCUCUGUCUGGUCACAGAGACUCUCCUCAGACCAUACCUUUCCAUAGAAUUACCUCACACCUUCCUUGAGUGUUUCUGCUUCCUUGAAAUGUCACCUUGUCCUUUGACGGUGCCUCUCGCUUGCCUAGAUGAAAGGGUGGGUGGGUGUAGAAGCUAGCCUAGUGUGCAAAGGUAAAAUCUGCAUUAACUGCCUUGCCCAGUUUUGUCUCAGAUACAUAAGCUAGGUGCCAAAUGGCUCCUUAAACCAAGGUUGCUCGUAUGUAUAAACAAGACAUGCAGUUUAUAGGGACUGAACGUGCCCACAGUUUCCACAGUUGCAGGUGUGCAAAUAAAUCAAAUGCAACGUGUGCUCAGAUUGUAGGACUGACGGCCUCCCUUGGAGUUGGCAGUGCCAAGAGCCUGGGUGAGACGGUGCAAUACAUUUGCAAGAUCUGUGCCAUGCUGAAUGCCGAAGUUAUAUCGACAGUCAGAGAAAACAUAAAGGACCUGGAGGAAGUUGUCUACAAGCCCCAAAAAUGUUAGUACGCAUCUUAGCUGCUUUCUUUUUGAAGGAAUGUAGCUUCCACCCAUGCCCAUUAGAAAAAGACGCCCAGGGAGAUCUACUUACACGGUACAGGAGAUUAGAGCUGAGCAAGACUGGGGGGGGGGGUUCAAGUUGUGGUAUAGACCCUUGCCACCCCACUGCUCUUUUACAUUAAUGGCACUGGUAGAGGCUCAAGUGUGGUGGGCAACACUGUGGAACACAAGGAACAGUGGGAUUAUAGAUCACAGCCUGCAGACAUCAUGGCAUGGUGCCUUCCUAAAUGGCUCUGCUCUCUUCAUACCUUCAGCCAAAGUUGCAAUCCUAAUCCCACUUACCUGGGAGCCCCAGUGAAUUCAAUAGAACCUACUUUGGAGUAGACCUGGGACUCAGCUACAAUAGUUUUUUUAAAAGUGUUUUAAAUGCGUUAUAACGCUGUGACACCAGAUGACGCAGUAGAGGUAUAUCCUUCAGCAACGUGAUUUCCCAUUGUGAGCUCUCCUGAAACUUUUUUUUUUAAUGUGUCUAGCUCCAGCCCUGGUAGUAGUAAUAAUAAUAAUAAUAAUAAUAAUAAUAAUAAUAAUAAUAAUAAAUUUAUUAUUUAUACCCUGCCCAUCUGGCUGGGUUUCCCCAACCACUCUGAGCAGCUUCCAACAAAGUAUUAAAAUACAGUAGUCUGUUAAACAUUAAAAGCUUCCCUAAAUAGGGCUGCCUUCAGAUGCCUUCUAAAAGUCCAGUUUUUGUUCUUCUCUCUGACAUCUAGUGGGAGGGCGUUCCACAGGGCAGGCACCACUACCGAGAAGGCCCUCUGCCUGGUUCCCUGUAACUAGGCUUCUCGCAGUAAGGGAACCGCGAGAAGGCCCUCGGCACUGACCUUAGUGUCUGGGCAGUACGAUGGGGGUGGAGACAUCCCUUCAGGUAUACUGGGCCGAGGCCAUUUAGGGCUUUAAAGGUCAACACCAACACUUUGAAUUGUGCUAGGAAACGUACUGGGAGCCAAUGUAGGUCUUUCAAGUCUGGUGUUAUGUGGUCUCAGUGCCUGCUCCCAGUCACCAGUCUAGCUGCCGCAUUCUGGAUUAGUUGUAGUUUCCAGGUCACCUUCAAAGGUAGCCCCACGUAGAGCGCAUUGCAGUAGUCCAAGAGAGAGAUAACUGGUUAGGAUUGCGCUGUUAUUAUUACCCCACCCAUUUGUCUGGGUUGUUCCAGCCGCUGUGGCGAGCUUCAAACACACAUAAAAACAUAAUAAAACAUCAAACAUUAAAAGCUUCCUGAUAUAGGUCUGCUUUCAGGUGUAUUCUAAAAGCUGUAUAGUUAUUUAGCCCCUUGGCAAGGUGGGCACCACUGCUGAGAAGGCCCUCUGCCUGGUUCCCUGUAGUGUCAUUGAUUUUUUGGCGAUUCCCCUAAAAAAAAGGAGAAAACAUGUUUUUUGGGGGAGACUCAACUUUGCCCCUCCCCCCCAAAAAAGCUGAAUGGAAACUUUUUGAAAUAUGGCAACCCUAAGCUAAGGCCAUUUUUACUUGUGAUAACAGGAUUGUGGUCUAAUCUACCAUGUCAUCAUUGAUUCACUUGUAUUGUACUUUCUCCAGUCUGCCAGUUGGACAUGGGAAAGUACCUGUCAAUUAUGGCUUCCCUACAUGCGUUGCAGGGGCCGGGCUAUGCUUUCUAGCCACAAAGAGAAAUUGAGAUUGCAUGUUGGUCUAAGAGGAGGUCCUCCCCAUUUUUGAAAGAACACAUUUUCUGUUGGGGUGAGGACCCAAGUAAUCAUGAACGGAUGAUCUCAGGUUCCAGGUAAUAACAUAUUGCUAACGUUGGUUCUUCUUUACUGCAGUGACUUGCCUCGUGAAGAAACGUCCCCAAAACCGCUUUGUCACCAUUAUUGCAGACAUGAUGUCUGCAACUGAGAGCCUAGCAAGAAAAAUCUAUGCUAUAGGUAAGGGCCUGGAGCAGGCUUAGGGAUGCCAUUCCUCUGCUACAUCUAUAUGUCUUUGGGACACUUACGUAAUGUCUUUGAGGUAGUCACUGUUUUCCCAGCUUAAUUAUAAUGAUUAUGUCACUUGUUGUUGUUGUAGUGUUACCAUCGCAAAGCAAUUUACACAGAUGAUGAUGAUUUUUUUUUAAUUUAAAUUUUAAAUAAUUUUUAUUAAGUACAAAUUAGAAAACAUACAUAUUUACAACAAAAGAAAAUACAAAAGAAAAAGAAAAUACAUAUAACCAAGGAAAAAAAUUGGAGAAUACUUUGUGUCUUUUCAUAUUUACAGUUAUGUAUACCUCUAUAAAAUGCUAUUCACAAUAAAGGAGUGAAAUGAAAGAUAGGAUAUCAGGAAAAAGAACAAAGAAAAAAUAAAGAAGUAAAAGAAAAAGAUCAUAGGUGGAAUUUUUUAAAAAAAUUAUACAUAGCCAUUUCCCAUCUAUAUAUUCAGUUGCAUAAUUUCAUCUUGUCCUUAUCUACCUUAAAUAAAGUGGGGUUUUUUUAAAGAGUUCCACUGUUGAUGAUGAUGAUUAUUAUAUUUACAUCCCGCCUUUUCCCAAGACCAGGAAUUAAGGCAGCAUACAAAUAACAUAGAAAAAGUUAAACUCUUAAAACAGUUACUGAUAAAUACAUACAUACACAGCUAUCUAUUUGUGCCUCUGGGGUGAAAUCACACCGCAAUGCUAGAGUACACCCCCUCAAUCUAUAUCUAUAUCUUAUCUAUAUCUAUAUAUCUAUAUCUUAUCUAAAGGUUCACACACCGCAAGAGCACUGAGACUUAAUGGAUUAACUUCACUUUAUAAACUAUAUAUAGUUCCUGUUUAGAAAGUGAAUUCCAUACCUAGGGUUACAAACACACAACAUGCAUUUAAAAGCAAAUGCGUUCACCCAAAGAAUCCUGGGAACUGGAGUUUACCACCCACAGAGCCACAAUUUCAAUCACCCUUCACUACAGUUCCCAGGAUUCUUUGGGGAAGUCAUGCUUUAAAGGUACGCUGUGUAUGCUCCCCGUGCCUCAUUUAAGUGGAUAUCUUUUUACUGAGUUUGGCAAUGGCAUACCUGUUUUUCCCUCCCCUCACCCCGUCAGAUGCUUUGUCUCACAUUAAAAGUCGGUGCUUUGGAACCCAGAAAUAUGAGCAAUGGAUCGUUGAUGUGCAGAAGAAAUGCCGAGUGUUGCAGCUGUCUGACAAGGAGGAAGAAAGCCGCGUUUGCAAGGCUCUUUUUAUUUACACAGAGCACCUUCGGGUGAGUAGCCACUCUUUCCUCAGAAAGCCAGCCAUUUUCCCUCUGCUCUGCGUCCAGGCAUGAACAGAGGGAUUUGUGUUUAGCCUGUCUCAUUUGGGUUGAUGUUACAAUAGUCAUUGAUGGACUUCCACACUUGGUGGUCUUGAACUAAGAUCACAUAUUCGUCUCCUUGGGAGCCAUUUUGUCGUUCUGUGGCAGCUCUUUCCACUCAGUGAGCUAUUCCUCUUCACUGUCUUACCACACAUACAGUUCAGGCAGUGUUUUCUAUUUGAAGAAAAUUACCAAGUUCAUGUGGUGAGUUUGCAUCCACAAGCUACCUUAGGUGAGAGGGGUUUAAAGCGGGCCUGGCUUGGCCGCCAUUUUGUGUCUUGCCAACCCCAAGAAACCUUACUAGACGCUUCUGCUUUGUGGUUGAAGGACACCACUAAAAUGUUCUUGACUAGCCCAGAUGAUACAUGUUGAAGAUUUCUUUUAGCUUCCUUGAACUCUAAUGAAUGUGUCUUGCUUCUCUGGACAGAAGAUAGAGGGAGAUGUCGAAGUGUGUGUAAAAAUGGCUGCUCACCCUUUCCCAGGUGGGCGACGGUUGUGACCCCCCUCGCUUAGCCGCUUAGCCGCCAUCCCAGGGCGUUCAGAGCUCACGUUGCCGCUUGGGUAUCUGGGAAUUUCCCCAGCCGGUUGGUCUACUAGGCAGGAUUGCCCACCAAUCAGAGACCCUUAUGACUGGUCAGUGCCUCGCUGGUUGGCCGGGCGUUGUCUUUCAUGUCCAACUGGGCAGCGAUGCAUUUAAGCCGGCAGUGUUGGAGAUCUCGGCACAGGGCAGAUUGGCCAGUGGUGGCCUUGGGAUGGUCACCCCUGUAGAUCAUCAUCUUGGGUAGGCCAAAAUCCAUGAAAUGACCCUCACAUGGUUUCAGCCCUCUGGCAGGAGGCUGAAACAGACAUACACCCAAUGCCUGAGCCAAAGUUCCACUUACAUCUGUAAUCAAUAAAGUUGUGGCCAUUUUCUUACUAAUAAUAUUUUUAAAAAAAUUUUAACAUACAAAUUAUAAUACAUACCACAAAACUUCACCACUUAUACAAUCUUUUUUUCGGACUUCCAUCAGCACCUCUGAUGAUCCACCGUUUUAACCACUUCUUAUGCAUUUCUUAAAUUCAUAUUGCCCUUAAUUAUCUUAACUAACCAUCCUCCCCUUUAUCCAUUUUUGAUAUAGUUCCAAUAAUUCACCUCACAAAACUUCUUGCAAACCUACAAACGUAGUCUGAUCAUCACAAUUACUUUUCAAAUAGUCUGUAAAUUUACACCAGUCUUCUGUGAAUUUCUGGUCCCGCAGAUUUCGAAUCCUUCCUGUUAGUUUAUCUAGUUCUGCAUAGUCCAUUAAUUUCAUCCUCCAUACUUCUUUCGUCAGUAAUUCCUCUUGCUUCCAUUUUUGUGCCAAUAAUAUUCUUGUUGCCGUCGUUGCAUAUAAAAACAGCUUACAUUCUUUUCUAUUUAUAUCACUUCCUACAAUGCCCAGUAAAAAUGCUUCUUUUUUUAAUAAAUGUAUAUUUCAACAUUUUUUUCAUCUCAUUAUAUAUCAUUUCCCAGAAGCUUUUAAGUUGUGGCCGUUUUCAACCUAGAUCGUUGUUUGCCUGAGUCCAUCUUACCACUCCUUGUUUUAACCACAGCCUCUGGCACCACAAUUAGCCUUGCGGGCAAAGCCUACAUUUAUUUUCCUUGCCUUCUGCACCACUGGAAGUUGUGUCAUUGAAGAUUGUCCAGAAGGGAGCUAGCUGCCCUCAGUCUGAAAAAUCUCCCCCCACCUCUGUUUUCGCCCCUAAGUUGUAUUACUGAUUUCAAAAGCGUUUGAAUUUUCCUUUGCAUCCAGAAAUACAACGACGCCCUCAUUAUCAAUGAAGAUGCACGUACUCAAGAUGCACUCGCUUACCUGAAGGAGUUCUUUAAGAAUAUCCGAAGUGGAGGCUUUGAUGAAAUAGAGGAGAAGCUGACUUUGGAUUUUGAAGGUACUUCAAAGGAAUACCCAGGGCUUUUUUUUCUCCCAGCACCUCUCAGUUGGGCGCCAUUGCCAUUCUAAGAGAAUGAGGGAGGCGUUCAUGAGGUGAGUUCCAGCACCUCUUUUUCUAGAAAAAUGGCGCUGGUAAUACCUCCUUUCCUGGUGGAGGUGUAGUAGCCAAGUAAAUGCAUUUGAAGUAUAAGUUGGAAACAAGGAGCAAGUUCUCACAAAUUUUGUAUAGGUAAGGUAAGGUAAAGGUAAAGGACCCCUGGACAGUUAAGUCCUGUCAAAGGCGACUAUGGGGUGCGGUGCUGAGGGAGCCGGCAUUUGUCCACAGACAGCUUUCCGGGUCAUGUGGCCAGCAGGACUAAACUGCUUCUGGUGCAACGGAAUACCGUGAUGGAAACCAGAGCGCACGGAAACACCAUUUACCUUCCCACCGCAGCGGUAUCUAUUUAUCUACUUGCACUGGUGUGCUUUCGAACUGCUAGGUUGGCAGGACCUCGACAGAGCAAUGGGAGCUCACCACCACAGAUUUGAACUGCUGACCUUCUGAUCAGCAAGCCCAAGAGGCUCAGUGGUUUAGACCACAGCGCCACAAGAAGUGAAAAAGAAACAGGAAGUAGCCAAGCUGCCUCAAUCCUUUGCUGAUGAAACUCUUAAAAGGUUGCUGAGAUGAUAAAACAAGAUCACCCCAUGGGUCCUUCCUGAAGUUUUUGGGUGAAAUACAGAAAAAAAAUAUUUGUAAGUUGCUUCAGCUCAGGGCAGGAUUUAGGUUUGAUGAGGCCCUAAGCUACUGAAGGUAAUGGGGCCCUUCAUAGGUCCAGCUGUCCUUUGUCAACAACAAAUUGUCACUGUUUUUUGUGUUGAAUAUAUGCUAUAUGGUAAUUUAUGGACCUAAUAGAUAUCUAAAGCCAUUUGCACAUAACAAAAUAUGUAUUUUAUCAAAGUACAUCCAGUUUUUUCCCCUUUAAUUUUUUGGGGGACCCCUAAGAGAGUGUGGCCCUAAGCUACAGCUUGUUUAGCUUAUACAUAAAUCCAGCACUGCUUCAGCUAAUCUGUUGUUUUUUUUAAAAGAGAAGUAACUAAGCAAGUAUUAUAGAGAAAAGAAACUAGCAAUGGUCCGGUGUACUAGAUUCUUCCUUUUUCUUCGGGAGCGGGGGGGGGGGGAUGAUCUCUCAUAUAUCACACAGACAUGGAGAUAAAACUUUUUUCUCUGCAGCUAAAUUGCCAGAGCUGUGUAAAGAUGCUCAGGAUGAAUCCAAUGAAAAUCCCAAAUUGGAAAGGGUCACUUUUAUUCUGGAAGAAGAAUACCGCCUCAACCCACAGACACGGACUAUUCUCUUUGUGAAGACAAGGGCACUAGUAGCUGUAAGAGAACCUGUCUUAAUAGCCCUAAUGGGGCAAUUGAAAAUAUCUUGUCUAUUUAUUCUGUUGUGCUUAGGCUGAAAUAUGAAUCAAUAACAUUGGCUUCCUAGCCAAUAAGUUGUUUUUAAAAAUAAAUUAGCUGUGCAGUAAAAUAAUCGUGACAUGUCAACAUAAAGCACACCAUCCAAAAAUAAUUUUGUUCUGCUGUCUCGUUUCAUCAAGAGUAAAAUGGCAAGGUUAGGAGUGAAGUUUUGGCUUCUCUCUGUUUGAAAGGAUGGAUGAGUGCCAAUCCAAUGUGACAUGAAUGAGCAGGACUAGAAGCUCUCCCCUUCCUGUGUGUCUGGGAGGAGCAGUUUGGAAACUUGGAAGUUUUGAUUAUGCAUAGCUUUCUAUGCUGUCUGUAGGGCUGGUUAAACAACCCAUCUUAAGAAAUUAUGGUUUGUAGGUGGGUUAUUUGAAACAAACAACAGCUGACAUGUUUGUUUGGAUGGCAUAGCAAACCACGGUUAGCCAAAAGUUGAAACAGAAGCUUCUGGACUCCUGCCUGUGCCACAGGAGGGGAGAGGGAAGAAUAUGAACUUAGCUAGGCUCUUUCCCGUUUGUGAGCAUCACACUGAAUUGUGGUUCAGCAUGAUGUGUCCCAAGUGUGUCAAUGACACUGGCUUUCAUGCAGUGUUACCAAAAGAGGACCUGUUGGAGAGGACCUUCUCAAACCGCCCAGAAGGUAUAUGCUUCAAAGCAUAACUUCAUUUCAAUCCUAGGACAGUUUUUCAUGUCCUACGUAUUCAGUGCUCUGAAUUUUUUUAAGAUAGUGACUGGUUAGUGAGUUGAAAAGAACGCUGUGGAUUCCUUACAGAAUAUCUGCCUCAAACUGUUGAGCAUCUGUUUGUGUAGAUAUAUGUGGGAGUGUGGCCUAAAGCUCAGUUGAAUCAAAGACUGGGUGGAAAGAAAUUCUGAGACCAAUAAAUUUUACAGGCAUUGAAGAACUGGAUAGAAGAGAACCCCCAACUUCAACACCUGAAGCCAGAUGUAUUGAUGGGCCGUGGAAAAAGGAAUCAGCAAACAGGUAAGGGAACUUUGUCUUUUACUAACUUCGUUGAGACAAUGCCAAUUCAGAACACCACACUAUUUAGAACGGUGAAUAGCAAUGCCUUUGUUAAGGGCAAUGCCUGUGUUAAUAGCUUUCAUUCUGUGGAUAAUUUUUAUUUUUCUUGGUCAAAUUUUUUUUUAAAGGUAUGACACUCCCGAAUCAAAAAGGUGUCUUGGACUCCUUCAAAACCGAUGGGGACAGCAAGAUGCUCAUAGCUACAUCUGUUGCCGAUGAAGGGAUAGAUAUUGCUCAGUGCAACCUUGUUCUUCUGUAUGAAUAUACGGGCAACGUCAUCAAAAUGAUACAAGUCCGAGGUAGGUGGUGUAAUUAUUCCAUGGUCCAUAGGCCAUGGAUGGUGUUCCAACCAAGGGUGAGCUUAUACUGCCAAUUGUGCGGCUGCACAAUUCGUAGCAGGUUAUGCAAGCCGGGAAAGCAGGUGUUUCAAGAGUCUGUUUGUAGACAUUGCCUCCAUCAUGGAACAAAAAAUGAGCUUAUUGAUCCUGGCCAUGGUUUUGUUUCUGUUUUGCUUAAUAGUUAUUACGUUCUUAAAGUGUUUAGAGCAGAGGUAGUCAAUGCGGGGGACGAGGGGGGCGCUGUGGUCUAAACCACUGAGCCUCUUGGGCUUGCCGAUCGGAAGGUCGGCGGUUCGAAUCCCCGCAAUGGGGUGAGCUCCCAUUGCUCGGUCCCAGCUCCUGCCCACCUAGUAGCUCAAAAGCACACCAGUGCAAGUAGAUAAAUAGGUGCCGCUCCGGCGGGAAGGUAAACGGCGUUUCUGUGCACUGCUCUGGUUUGCCAGAAGUGGCUUAGUCGUGCUGGCCACACGACCCGGAAGCUGUCUGUGGACAAAUGCCGGCUCCCUCGGCCUAUAGAGCGAGAUGAACACCGCAACCCCAGAGUCGUCCACGACUGGACCUAAUGGUCAGGGGUACCUUUAUCUUUACCUUUUAGUCAAUGUGGUGCCCUCUGGAAAGGCUGGACCCCAACUCCUAGCAAUCACCAACAUCUGGUACUACAGAAACCAGCAAAAUUAAGUCUCUACUUGGGCUGGGUUUCAACAUCUGGUUUUCAGCAUCAUUAUAUAUCACCAGCUAAACAUCACAAUAUACCGAUAUAUCAUGGUGUCUGCAAUAAGGAUGGAGCUAUGUGAAGCUUCAGGGUUUUUCCCACAUCGUGAUUUGUGCAUUCAUAGCAUAGCAGACACACACACAUCAUAAUUCGUGAUAUAUUGCCAGGUCAAAAAUAAUGAAACUGAUAUCACGAAAUGGACAUCAAACUAGUUGUGGACGAUAUAUUGCCCAGCCCUAGUCUCUGCCAGAUUAGAUUACAGUCUUAAUAGGCAUGAUGCAAAAGGAAGAGGUGGGAAGAACGAGAAGUAAGUUCAAAGUACAAUGUGAUCACUUUGUAAAUGCAAGCAUCUGGUAAUCUAGCAAGUUAAACAUUCUGGGCUAAACCUCCACUGGCCCCAUGAAAUGUUUGGGAAUGUUUGCUGGGGGCAACCUGGAGGGUGGGGGAUAGUGGGGCACUUGGAGAGAUCGGAACUCACCUUGCUCUACCAACUGAGCUAUCCCAGGGCAUGUCAUGCUCACUCUCAUGCCUGGGCUUUCCUGCCCUUCUUCCCCCUCAAAGUGAGUGUGGCAGCGGGUGUCCCUCCACCUUUCCUCGCUCUGUGGUUUCUAAACCUGUUUGUUCUGUGCCGCCUUCAGGACGCGGAAGAGCCAAAGAUAGCAAGUGCAUCCUUGUGACAAGCAAAAAAGAACAGGAGGAGAACGAGAAAUAUAACAUCUUAAAAGAAGAGAUGAUGAACCAAGCCAUCGAGAAAGUGCAGAAGUGGGAUGAGGAGACAUUUGCGCAGAAGGUGACUCCAUUUUCAUACUUUGCUUUCAAACAACAACAACAACAAACCCUCCUCCUGAUGGCCCCGUGAGGGAGUUAUGGAGCUCAGAGGCAGAGUACCUGGGAGAAGGGCAAUAGCUGUCAACGUUUCCCUUUUUUUAAGGGAAAUUCCCUUAUUCUGAAUAGGAUUCCUUGCAAUAAAAUGGAAAAGUUGACAGCUAUGGAGGCUCAGCGCAAAGGCUCAGUGGUGGAGCAAGCCAAUCGGGCGCCUGGGCCAGUGCACAUGCCCUGCGCCCAGGGGCAGGGCCAGCCCCAGCCGUCCAUGGGGAGGGGUGAGCCGGGGCAGGAUGCUCCGCAGGGCCUCCAAGGAGUCUGGCUGCCUCCUCCCACUCAGCCACCCUACAGCUUGUGGGGAGGCGGUGAGCAGACCGUUUGGGCAGUGUGAAGCUUACACGCGCUCAAGCCACUGUGUUUCUCCCAGGAGAGACGCGUGGCUCAGGCGCACUGCAGGCCCCGCAGUGAGUGCCGCCUGGCAUUUUGUCACCCCCCUCAGUGGUGACGCCCAGGACGGCCCACCCCCACCGCACCCCCUUCCUCCACCACUGCAAAGGCCUGCCUAAAUUUUGAAUGUCUUUAGAAAGCUUCCAUAUGCCGAGUCAGAACCAUUGGCCCAUUUAGCACAGAUCUGGCCACACUGACGGGCAGUGUCUCUCCAGCAGGCCUAGGUGAUAAUCUGGUUUUCACCAUCCCAAUAUAUCACGCCAGCUAAACAUUGAAGUAUGUUAGGAUUGAAAUAAGGAUUGGCUGGCUUCAUGGUCUUCCCCACAUUGUGAUUUUUGUAUAGCGUGCACACAUCAUGAUUCACAAUAUAUCGCCAGGUCAAAAACUAUGAAACCACUAUCACAAUAUGGACUUCAAAUCAGUUUUGGACCAUAUAUCACCUGUCUCUAACACACAUCAUGAUUCGCAAUAUAUCGCCAAGUCAAAAAUUAUAAAACCAAUAUCACAAUAUGGACUUCAAACCGGAUAGAAUUUAUUAAUAUAUUACCCAGCCCUACUCUCCAGGGUUUUAGGCAGGAGACAUUUCCAACCCAGCUUGGAGAUCCACCUUGGGAACUUCAGGAUGUACUGUACUUUUCUGUGUGUAAGAUAAGGUUUUUCUACGUUAGAAUGUAUAAAAAUUGGGGUUGUCUUAUACACGGAUUGUGCAUGGGGGGGAUGGGGGAUUGGUUGCUGCCAUGAGCACAAGAUUGUUAGCGACUACCCACUACACUACUCACUACCCACUGUGGUGUGGGUGAUUGGUGGCUGCGUCAAGGGCUUUUGUUGAUUGGCUGCUGCUGCGGCAGUUGGGCGGGCUGCUGGUAGCGAGCAGUCAGACGAUUGGUGGCUUCUGCGUUGCAUUUAAUAGAAAGUGUUGUUCAGCCGUGUGAGUGAUUUUUGGCAAUCCCCCUCCCCCCAAAAAGCUCAACAACAAUUUUCUUAAUUCCAGGUCCCCAAAAAUAGGGGGUGUCUUAUACACAGGGGCAUGUUAUACACAGAAAAAUGCGGUAAACCGUGCUCUGCCCCAUGACUCUUCGUUGCGUCAUUCCCUACAUUGAAGUGUUCUGCCCUCCGCAAUAAUCAGCAGCCUCCAGGAGUAUUCUGGCUCCCCAGAGAAGUGGUUAUCUCUCGCCCUCUGUUCUAACCACUCCUUUCCCCUUAGAUAAGCGACUUGCAGAAGAUACAAAAGAAAAUUCAAGAUUCCAAGAAGAAAGAGCCUCAGCCCAAGCUGGAGACAGGCAAGCGGAAAUUGUUGUGUGGGAAGUGUAAAGCACACGCCUGUGACGUGGAAGACAUCCGGGUGCUGGAGGUAAACUUACAGUGGGAAUUCUUACGCAUUAUGCCUCACGGAGUGGGUUUUGUGUUGUUGUUGUUUUAACCAAUUUUGUCAUUUAUGGAUGAGGGCAUGGGUGGUGAAUUUUUUGUCACUUGUGUUUCUUCUGCUCAAACUGUGCAGAAUGCACAAGAAAGCACACAUUUCCUACAAAAGAGACAGAAAACGUUUGAUUCUCGAAUAUGCUAAAGCUAUCCAAUAUUAGAAGCACCUUCAGCGACCUGUUGCCCUCCUAUGUUUUGGACUCCCAAGUCACCAUCAGCCUUGGCCAAUAGGCAGGGAUGUUGGGAGUUGUAGCCCAGCCUUGGUUGGGUAGCACCCAUAUUGGCUUCUGGUUGUGGUGGGAUGCAAGUGAAAUUCUGUGCACCAAAUAAAUGAUAUAAUCUGUGUGUGUGUUUGCCCAGGUCCCUUGCUGUGAAAAGCAGGCCAUAUUUCAUGUGUCCAAAUGCUUUGAGGGGAAAACAAAAGGGAUCCUAUGCCUUUGUAAAAAUGGAUGACCAUUUUAGUCAAAUGACAAAUGUAACCACAGCGGCUCUGUGGCUCACCUAUAUUGCUGUGGCGAGCGAGGUGUUGCUUCUGCAUAUUUGUGAUCAGAUGGAGACAUGGAGUAAGAUUCUCAAGCAAGGCAAACGUGGUGAAUAGAAUACACUGAGGUCCAGUGCCGAGGGCCUUCUGGCAGUUCCCUCUCUGCGAGAAGCCAAGUUACAGGGAACCAGGCAGAGGGCCUUCUCAGUAGUGGCACCUGCCCUGUGGAACGCCCUCCCACCAGAUGUCAGAGAGAAAAAUAACUACCAAAUAAAUUUUAUUAUUUAUUUAUUUAUUUAUUUAUUUAUACCCACCCAUCUGGCUGGAUUUCCCCAGCCACUCUGGGCGGCUUCCAACAAAACACUAAAAUACAAUAACCUAUUAAACAUUAAAAGCUUCCCUAAACAGGGCUGCCUUUAGAUGUCUUCUAAAAGUUUGGUAGUUAUUUUUCUCUUUGACAUCUGGUGGGAGGGUGUUCCACAGGGCGGGCGCCACUACCGAGAAGGCCCUCAGAAGUGGCCUUGGCAGCCUGCUUGGGAGAACAGAGUGGUGUGUUUGUAUGUGCACACAUACACACAAGCCUAUUGUGCAAAGGUACUAUUGGUUGCUGUGCCCACUUUUGUCUCUAGCCUUGCCAACCUACGUAGCCUGGCCUGUGGACCUCAGGGUGUUGCCCAGAAGGGAAUGUGGCUCUUUGGGUGAAAACAUUUCCCCACCUUUGUGCAAAGGCAAACCCCGUAAAAAUAUGGUUGCCAUGUUUCAAGAAGAAAAAUUCAGUUGUUGGGCUUCUUUUUCCCCCUCUCUUUUUUUGGGGACAUUACGAAAACGUUUUUGCUGCUUUUCACUCAAGGUGCAGACUAUGCCUGUGUAGAACUAGUCCUAAAUCUGGGCCGAAUGUUCAUGUAACUUGUACAUUUUUCUUCUAGGUAGCUCACCACACUGUCAUAGAUAAGAACUUCAGGAACCGGUAUACGACAAGGCCUCAUAGCAAACCCGUCCACUGGGGUCACUUUGAGAAAAAAAGCAAGAUAUACUGCAGCGAUGCCAAAUGCCAGCAUGACUGGGGCAUCGCAGUGAAGUACAAGGCAUUUGAGGACAUACCCAUCAUAAAAAUCGAGAGCUUUUCGGUAUACGACGUGGUCAAGGGGAAGCAGGAUUAUUUCCGGAAAUGGAAAGACGUUAAUUUUGCGCUGAAAGAAUUUGAUAUUAAAGAAAUGUCCAAUUAAAAUGCAGAACGGGCCAAGCUACUUGUGGAACCUUUGUUCUGAACGAACAAACAGGCACCUUCCAUUUUUACAGCUUUUAAAGGGGAAGGCUAACAUUGAGUGCAUUUGCUGUUAAUAGCAUUAAACUCUGCAUUUUUAUCAUUGCAAUUACAGUGGUGCCUCGCAAGACGAAAUUAAUCCGUUCCGCUAGUGUCUUCGUCUAGCGGUUUUUUCGUCUUGCGAAGCAACCCUAUUAGCGGCUUAACAGAUUAGCGCUAUUAGCGGUUUAGCGGCUAUUAAAGGCUUAUCGGUUUAGCGGAUUAGCUGCUAAAAGGCUAUUAAAGGCUUAGCGGCUUAGAUAAAGGGGGGGGAGCGAAAAAAAAAUCUCAAGACUCGCAAGACAUUUUCGUCUUGCGAAGCAAGCCCAUAGGGAAAUUCGUCCUGCGAAGCAACUCAAAAACGGAAAACCCUUUCGUCUAGCGGGUUUUCCGUCUUGCGAGGCAUUCGUCUUGCGGGGCACCACUGUACUGUAGAAGCUUCAUUUGACGUAUUUUGUACUUUAGCGCUCUUAGGUGUUAGUCAGCAUUGCUUGAUCAAAUGCCAUUCUGCAAAACCUUUGAAAGAACAAAAACUUGGUGGGUUGAUUGGAAUCUUAACGGUAUUUACCACAUGCACAUUGAAGUUCUUAAAUAGAUUAAACCUCUCUCCCAGUCACAUCUGUCGUGUGUGGCACUCUCUGUGAUGGCUUGACAACUUUGUGCACAUACUGGAAACUGUAGCUGUUGCCUUACAAAGUUCACACAGAAGCAUAAUAUUGCUUACUUUAAUUCGCCUGUGGAAACAACUCAGAGGCUAUUAAGAAAAAGGAUAACAAGAAGAAGAUUGAAAGAUGGGACUGGUGAACACUAAAAGCAGCAGAAAUAUGAGAUGAUUGGACCCUACUGAACUCGAAGCAUGGGAACUCCCAACAAAAAAUUAUAAUUUGGCAAAAUAUUUGGACUUUAUGAUAUGUAUUGGUAAAAUUUGGAAUGAUUAAUGUGAUAUGAUUGGAUUGUUAAAUGGAAAACUUAAUAAAAAUUAUUAUUAUUUUAAAAAAGGAAACUGUAGCUGUUGCAGCUGUUAGGAAGAUACUGUUGUGAUUAUAUCUGCAUUUUCUUCUUCCAAUAAGGGCAAACAGGCAUAAAUGAUGGUACAGCCUUUGUUUGUAACUAGUCCAUAAUAAGGUAGGUUGGAUUCCAAGGCAGCAAACAACCUUGGGCAAAAAACAUUAACUCAUGCAUGCAAAAAGGUUUCGAGUUCUCUACACUCCUUGUUCCAAAUGCCGUCCUCGAGCUACUGUCAAGUCUUUCAAAUAACAGAAAUUCUUAAAAAUUAGUUAAUUAAAGCCACUUUAAACCCAUUCA